UAAACAACAAAGAUGGCCGACACAGGCGGAGAGUCCUCACUGAACGUCGACUUUGAGAUUAAUUUUCUUGAUCUUCCUCAUGAAAUAAUAGAUUUAAUUUUGCAGAAUAAUAUUUUGACAGUUAAAGAUAUUUGCAGCAUUUCACAAACAUGCACAAACAUAAAUAAUGUCUGUCAAAGUAAGGAACUGUGGAGGCAGAAAAUGCAACAGAGGUGGCCCGGACUUGUACAACGCUACAGUAGGUCACAGUUGCAUGAUUGGUCGGUUGAAUUCCGAAAAUGUUAUGUGAUUGGACAAAAAGUGGGAAGUUUGGUGGAGAGUUUGUCCCCUACAUACUAUAGCUGUGAAGAGGUCUCAGAGGAAGGCUUUGAAAGUUUUAUACAGCUUUUAGAUGAGUGCAAUGCUGGAGAAAUCGUUCUGAACUCAUUAAUGGAAAUUUUUCAUGACCAACAAAGUCGAUGCAACCUAACAAAGAAGUUUUAUGCAGCCAAAGUUUUAAGAAAUAUUCAACACCAUUACCUGCAGAAAAAAUGGAAGGCCCACCUUGAGGACCAGCAGCCUUGUAAUCAGUGGCUGGAAACAGGUGCCAUCCUCUUGUCACAAUGGUGCCAGCCAACAGAAAACAUCAUUGAAAACGAUGUGUAUGACUCCCUUGACCAAAUGGCUACUCAAGUCAUUGCCAAGUGUCCUCAAAGUAUAGCCAGCAACUUCACAGAUGAUAAGCCAACGGGAGAAUGGAGCUCGGAACAAGAGCGGACAUUGUUGGAGACCUUAAACAGUGUUCUGUUCCACGAUCACAAAUUACGGGGCGACGAAAACAACUACUACGAUGAGCUCAAUUCCUAUAUCCAUAAGGUGUUGGAGAGAGGCCUCGGUAUCCCCAUCACGCUAGCCAUUGUGUAUGCUGCAGUUGCUAGGAGACUGGGUGUCACAUGUCAACUGAUUAACUUCCCCCAACAUCUGUUAAUCAAAUGGAAGGAGCACCCAAUGGCCUCACCAAAUCAGCAGUUCACAUAUAUAGAUGCCUUCCACCAGGGGAAAUUCUAUACUCAGGAAGAGUUACCUAGUGCCUUUGGAUUACCAGAAAAUGUGUUCCUUACCACAGAAGUGUUCUCAGGAAUAGACCCUGUAAAGGUGUACAAGAGGAUGUGUCGUAACCUGAUUGGUAUUGGCCGCCAGCAGAGCAAUGUUGGGAAUGGUUUACUUAGUCUGAGGAAUGCACUUGAUCUUGCCCUUAUCCUGUCUCCAAAUGAUGUAGAUAUGUUACUACUGAGUGUCCGUGUCAACCUUCACCUGGGUAUCAACCUAAGCUGGACAUCCCAUAUGCUGGAGAGGAUAGCAGAAUUGGACGUGUCCCAUGCUCCACUGAUAAAUUACCUGAGAAAUACAGUAGAGGAACAGGAACAGACGUACAAAGAGAAGAAAAACAAGGAGAUCAUUCCAAAGAUGAGAUCAGAUGAAACCAACAAAGAAGUGCUGUUCUCAGUAGGCCUGGUGAUGUGUCACAAAAGGUAUAACUACAUGUGUGUGAUAUAUGGCUGGGACCAUAAGUGUGAGGCUAGUAAGGAGUGGAUCAAUCAGAUGGGGGUACACACACUACCCAACAAACACCAACAGCCUUUUUACAAUGUCCUAGUGGAAGAUGGCUCCAGCAGAUAUGCUGCUCAAGAAAAUCUUGACAUCCCAGAGACAGUGUCAACAAUCCCUCACACAGAAGUUGGCAAAUACUUUGAGUGCUUUACAGGUACACACUACGUCAUGAACAAUGAAAAACGCCGUGAGUUUCCAGAGGACGAGGCAGUGACUGAGCGAAUCAUCUCCCAGGACAACUAGUGUCGAGACAUAUGGCAAUGUAAUAAUACUAUUUGUGGUGUCUUAUAUACCGCUUUAUCACAACCUAGUUCAUAAGUCGUCUCAAAGCUGUUCACAAAUCAUUAUCUGUGGUUA